UAAUAGAAUAUAUAUUUUUAAUUUGUGUCAAAUUAAAUUUAGGGGAAUGGGUUUAACAGGUAAGUUGAUUGCUGCAAUAGAAUUCAAGGCUGGUGGAGAUGUGUUCCAUGAACUGAUCAGACACAACCCACAUCAACUUUCCAAUAUUACCCCUGGGAAUAUACAAGGCUGUGAUCUGCAUGAGGGUGAAUUUGGUCAUGUUGGUAGUAUCAUCAACUGGAGGUACACCCAUGAUGGUAAAGAGAAGACGGCGAAACAAGUGGUCCAAACAAUAGACGAGGAACAAAAAUUGGUACAGUUCAAAACGUUCGAAGGAGAUUUAAUGGAACUAUACAAAACUUUUCUUGUAACAUGCCACGUCGAGACUAAGAACGAAAUCGAUAUGGUGACAUGGACUUUCGAGUACGAAAUGCUGAACGACGACGUCGUUGAGCAUCCCAUCACUCCGCUCUCUGUGGCAAUCGACAUCACCAAAGCUAUCGAGACCCAUCAUGCUGCAAAAUAAACCUUGAAUUAAUAUUGUAAUUUUCAUAUGUAUAAUAAUGGUGUGUGUGUGUGUGUGUGUGUGUGUGUGUGUGAGUGUGUGUUUUUUGAAUGUUUUUGUACCUAAUAAGUGGGAGAUCUUAGCUAUAGUAGCUAUUGUUUGUUUCACGUGUGUGUUGUGCCAAGUUUGAAGUACUUUUAUUUCUAGUAUUCGCGGGUAAUGAGUAUGUAUUAUUAUCCCAUUAAUAAUAAAUAAAAUAUUUUUAAAGCAUUGUUA